AUGGAAACCGAGUCACUUGCAUAUACUUCCUUUUGGCAGCGCUUCUUGCGAGUUUCCAACUCUGUGUGGGACGCUGAGAACGAAGAUAGCAUCAGAUCACAUGAUGCAAACCCUUUCGGGCCUGAUCGAAAGCUCCGAACGUCUUCCCCAUGGCACGGAGCACGCCUAAUGUACACGCCUUGGAGGGCUUUUUCUGACACCCCUUCCAAUUAUGCUGCGCCGAAGCCCAAACCCCCUUCGAAUCUCAAGCCUCUGGCACCCAAACCCUUGUUCGGGGCGCGGACUCCGCAAACACCAGCCAUUGUAAAACCGACAAGCCGGGUACGUACACCCCAGGAUCCGCGUGCUAUAUUGGCGCAAACCCUUACUCCUGCAAUCGCCGUCCCCGACCUGCAAGAUGAACCGCCCUUGGAAGAGCGAAUUCUCCAACAUCGCAAAACCCAGGCUUUGAGUCCAGAACUUCUGGGCCCGGCUAUCGGCACGUUGUGGGAUCAGAUAGAAUUCGACGAAGCCUACAGCGAGCGUCUACAAUUGCUGGAUGCACAGAUCGCGGCAGCUGCAGCAGCAGCCCAGGAUUCCCAGCCACUAGAAAUCCCGACGUUCACACCAUCACCAGCCGAUCUUGAAAUCGAUAUGUCUGCUUCCGCGGAUAUGCUGAAGCUCGAACCAAUUGAAGAACGGGAGGUCGAGCUAGUCGAUCUCCAACGGGACAUCAAGCGACUUAUAAAGCGUGUGCGGAAGCUCCAGAGUCGCUUUGUCGAUAUCAGAUAUAAUAUCAUCAUGCAUGACAUAGCAGUGACCAGUUUUUUUGAUACUGUAUUGAAAAGGUUAUAUCAUGACGGUAUUUACGUUGCCAGGGUGCGUGAGUUGACUCGCUUUUGGAAUUCGAUUGAAGUGUCAGUUCGCAAACGGCGGCGAGCCUAUCUUGAUUCCCAAAGCUGGCUUUCUAAGGUCAAUUCGAAGGAGCUGAGAGAUAUUUCUUUUCAUCUUAAAUAUCUAGGAGAAUUGCCACGGUUGCCUCGAACAAUGCAAUCAAUUUUUAGCAAAUAUAAUAGGUUAUUGGGUAUGGAUAAGAGAAUUAUCUCUUUGGCAGGCCACAUGUGGCGGAAGUACUUGGGCACCGGGUUAUACCUCUCUGAGCACGCUUCUGUUCCUAACGCCUGGAAUUUUGAGGUUUUGUCCACUUCCACGAGUGAUGCUUUUAUUCAAUACCGCAACACAAUUAGUGACACGAUCGAUGAAAUCAACAACAUGAUCGGGGGACUUCUAUCCAGGCCGCAGAAGCGCAGUCAACGCGCGCACAACCAACAACUACUCACGAUGCUGGAGAACAGCCUGGCGGUACAUGCUUCAGCGAAGAAUGACUUAUGUCAAGAUUUCGGCCCAUUCUAUUCUUACGCCCUUUACCUUUUCUAUUCUAGACAACCAACAUCCAGUAUUUACUGGAAGCAGUGGGAGGUUAUUUCCCCUUUCAUUACCUCACGGGCCCUCAUACUUUCAAUCAGGGGUGCUGUGAGUGAUGUUCUCAAUGUCCUAGACAUUGGGAAACGGGCAGGUCACAGAAUACCGAUAAAACUUGAAGACUCUCUCUGGAAAUGGUACAGGGAGUUUCCUAUUUUAUGGAUGGAUGAAUUCAUCGUGGAACUUGAAGCGUUUAUUGAACUUAAUUUCCUUCGCCUCCAAACCGAAGAAAGGCUCUCCCGGCUUGAUUUAAACGUCAAUGCAAGCCCGUCUGUUGUCUUUCCAAAUCAAACUGAUAUGGAAAAGCUUCGUAACUGGGCUUUGGGACUGGAAAGAAUCACUGGACCAGGGAAUAACUUUACUCUAGGAGACUCCGAGGUAGAUACAUCUCGAAAAGUUACGGACAGUAAUCGUUGGCUUCGUAUCCAGCAUGGAGUAUGGGAUAGGGGCAACAGUCCUACUGGCUCAAGAUCCACUACGCCAACUGCACCUCGAUCUCUACCAUCGAGGCUGAACAACACCAAAGGACUAAGACGUUCUGGCAUUCGUUCAAAACCUCCGCCGCCGCCAUCAAAGCCGACUAAGGUAAAAUCCAAAAGCCAUGACACCAGUCCGAAACUAUCAGCAUCACAGCCAGCGAAGAGGAAAUCCGAAUCUGUCAUCAGGUCAAAGGCAGGUACGUCAAAGUACUGGAGCUAUAAUUUGAAUAAAACUCCGGAUGGCAAAGAAAUCACUGUUCACUAUUGCACUUCCCUUCAGACUAUGGAACGAGUAGCAAAGCUUUUUUUGUCCGAAACUAUUGUCGGCCUUGAUGUUGAAUGGAAAGCUCAAGCCUCUGCUCAAGAUUCCCUUGUGGAUAAUGUUUCUGUGAUACAACUUGCGAGCAAGGAGCGAAUCGCCAUAUUUCACCUGGCUUUAUUUAAUCCUGCAAAUUCACUACAGCACCUUCUGUCUCCUACUCUUAAGAGAAUACUAGAAUCUCCCGAUAUAGUCAAGGUUGGCGUCGCUAUCAGGGCAGACUGUACACGCCUGUAUAAAUUUUUGGGCAUUCGGACAAAUAACAUUUGCGAAGUCAGUCGCUUGCACAAAGUAGUGAAGCACCACCUAAACCCAAAAUUGAUCGAUAAGAGAUUGGUGAAUCUCGCUCAGCAGGUUGAAGAGCAUUUAGGCUUGCCACUCGACAAGGAUCCUGAAAUCAGAUGUGGUGGCUGGUCGAAAAAGCUCAAUUACCGUCAAGUACAAUAUGUUGCAACAGAUCCAUACGCCGCCUUGCAGCUUUUCCAUGUCUUAGAAGCCAAAAGGCUCCAGUUAACGCCUGUUCCACCUAGCCCGGUCAAUCCAGUCAUCGUCUAUACUACCCCAGACUCUAUUGCGAAGAUUCAUCCAAAAAGCAGUUUAACGCAAAAUGAAGAACCCCCCCGAUCCGUGUGA